UUAAAAAUGUAAAAAAAAUUUUAUGCUUAAAAAAAUUAAAUAAAAUAUCGCUUCAAAGAACUUUGAAAUUUUAAAUAUUUUUCGCAAAAAUUCAAAAUUUGCUCACCAAAAAGCAGUGUGCUCAUGUGUUUAAAAAUAUGCCAACAACAUGAAUACGUAACUGAAAACAAAGAGCACAUACAAAGCGUCAAAGCGUGGAAAAUACAAAAAAAAAAAAAAUAAAAAAAUCUAACUUUGAGUAAAAGUUUUGGCAAAAAUUGCAAAUUAACAACAACAAUUUGAAUGAAAAUAAUUAUAACAAAACAAGCCGAGAACAAAUGUGUGGAGAAAGCACGAAAAAUCAGCAGCGUUAUAGUGAAUAAAAACAACUACAACAACAAUAUACGCUUAUAAGCAGUCGCAACACGUAUUCGCGCUGACUUUUCGCCUGCUGGAGCAGUAAAGGAUCGGCGGUUGGCACGUAGAAACAACUGUCAGGCCAACGCUAUUCCCAAUCACCCACUUCUCAUUACAUAGAAAAUCUAAAAAAUCUUACUCACCAUCUUCUGCGACUCAACUGUAGCGCCAGCGGCGUCUGUAACUUAUAUAAAAGUCAUCUGAUAGCAGCAUGCGCUAGAUACAGCAGCAAACGCCCACCCACACACGCAGGCACUUCUGUCGCUAACCCGAAGGUGCGUCUGGCAUGCUAUCAAUUUUUUCGCGCAUUUCUGUUCGUUGUUACAUACAGAACGAACAUAACUGCGGCGUGUAACUGUCUGCUCAAGGUCUGUUCAACAACAAUAAAAAAAGUUAAUAAAAACGAAGCGUCAUAAGAAAAUAACAAACAACAACAAAAAAGUCAGUCAGAAUUGAGCUGUGCUUAGCUGAGACGCGGAUUGGCGGCUGUCUGGCACAGCGUAAUGCCGCAAGUGAGUUAGGUGGAAAGUCACUGGUUUUGUUACACGACAACAGCAACAAAAACAAGAAAAUCCCACACAGUCAGUGCGAGGAAUAAAAGCUGCUGGAAAAGCAAAAAGGGAGCAAAAAGCAUAGUUCUUGUGCUCGAUUGCGUCUGCUGAUACGCGUUUAACUGCGUUUCCCAAAGGACUCAUUGGUAUGCGUAUACGCAAGUGACAGCAGACAUACAACAACAAUAAAUAAAAAAUACUUAAGAAAUAGUUGUAUUUGCGGCAUUAAGGCGUAGCUUUAAAAGGGAAGAAGGCAGAAAGCUUUAAAAGAAUACAGAGAGUGCUGACAAAAAUUGAAAAAUCGAUUUUUAAAUACAGAAUUGAAAUAAAUAAAAAAAAUUUAAAAAAAUAAAAAAAAUAUUUAAAAUAAAUUUAUAACCAAGCGCGCAACCAAAUUUCUCUUAUUAGUCUACCUGCACACAACAAAAAACAACAACAACAUUACAAAAAAAUGGCCUUAAAAUAAAAUUUGGAAACGCAUUUAUUUUCAAAAUAAAAAAUUGAAAUUAUUAUUUUAUGCAAAUAUAAACCAACGCGCCACCUCACCUAAGCAGUGUACUUGAAGUUGAGAAGCAACAACCAACCAACCAACCAACUACCUACGCCCAAUAAGGCAAUACACAACAACAAAUGGAUUUAUAUUGUUAUCAGCCAACGCCACCUGCCUCACUCAUGGAUUAUCCCGUUGGACCGCAUCAACUGCAGAAUGGCAGCAGCGGUGUCGGUGUCGGUGUUGGCGGCGUCGGUGGCAUCGUCAAUAAUACUAAUGCAUAUUUCAAUAAUAUCUACACCAAUGGCAACAAUAAUAAUAGCAACAACAAUAAUAGUAGUAAUCAUUAUAAUCAUCAUAGUAAUAGUGAUAGCUCAUCGGUGACGACAACAACAACAACAGCGACAAAUUUCGGUGAUUGCAUUGGUCUGGAGCGCGGUUUUGAUUUCUACAGUGAUCGAGUGACAAAGCGCGCAUUUUAAGUUCGCAGAAACAGCUAUACAAAUAAAAUAAUUUUUUUUGAGGCCGUAUUAAACACACUCAGCCACACACACACACACACACAAGCCACAGAAUUUUUGUCGUCGAAUUUCUGGCAUUUAUUUAA